CCGCAUCUUAUUAGCAACCGGGGAGAUUUCUCCAUUUUCCUGUUGUCUACAGUGCGGCUACAAAUCUGGGAUUUUUUUUGAUUACUUUUUUUUUUCAAACUCCACUUGGGCUCCUUUUUUCGUGCUCGACUUUUCCACCCUUUUUUUUUCCCUUCCUUCCUGGGCGGCUGCUGCUUUUUUUUUUUUUUUUUAAUCUCUUCGACUCAAAUUGUUCGAUCCGGAGUGUAUUUAACCGGUUCUGUUCUGUGCUCUUCGCCACCCCCACUCCCCCCUCCCUUCGGUGUGUGUGUGUGCUGCCGCCGCCGCCGCUGUUGCUGCUGCUGCUACCGCCGCCGCUGUUGCUGCUCGCCCCGUCGUUCCACCAACCGAGGCUCUUUGUUUCCCCCACUUGGAUCUGUUGAGUUUCUUUGUUGAAGAAGCCAGCAUGGGUGCCCAGUUCUCCAAGACCGCUGCGAAGGGAGACGCCGCCGCGGAGAGGCCCGGGGAGGCGGCUGUGGCCUCAUCGCCUUCCAAAGCCAAUGGGCAGGAAAACGGCCACGUGAAGGUGAACGGCGACGCGUCUCCCGCCGUGGCCGAGCCGGGCGCCAAGGAGGAGCUGCAGGCCAACGGCAGCGCCCCGGCCGCCGACAAGGAGGAGCCCGCGGCCGCCGGCAGCGGGAACGGGAGCGGGAGCGGGGCGGCGUCGCCCGCCGCGGCCGAGCAAGAAGAGCCGCCGGCCGCCGCCGCCGCCGCCGAGUCUGCCACGGGAGCCGGAGCCGGAGCCGGGGCCGGCGGCGAGAAGGAGAAGGAGAAGGAGGCGGCGGCCUCGGAGGCCGAGAGCGCCGAGCCCGGCUCGCCCACGGCCGCGGAGGGCGAGGCCGCUUCGGCCGCGUCGUCGACGUCUUCGCCCAAGGCCGAGGACGGCGCGGCGGCGUCGCCGGGCAGCGGCGAGACGCCGAAAAAAAAAAAGAAGCGCUUUUCCUUCAAGAAGUCCUUCAAGCUGAGCGGCUUCUCCUUCAAGAAGAGCAAGAAGGAGGCGGGCGAGGGCGGGGAGGCCGAGGCCGGCGCGGCGGCGGCGACGGGCGCGGGUGCGAACGCCGACGGCGCCAAGGACGAGGCGGGCGCGGGCGAGGCGGCCCCGGGCGAGCAGGCGGCGGCGGCCGCGGCGGGCGAGGAGGCCAACGCGGCGGGCGAAGAGGCGGCCCCGGCCGAGCCGCAGGAGGCCAAGGCCGACGACGAGGCGGCCGCGGCGCCCGAGAAGCCCCCGGCCGGCGAAGAGGCCAAGGCCGGCGCCGAGGAGCCCGCGGCCCAGGCUGAGGAGAAGGCCGAGGAGGCCGCCGUCUGCGAGGCCCCGUCCGCUGCGCCCCCGGAGCAGGAGGCCGCCGCGCCCCCGGCCGAGGAGGCCGCCGCGCCCGCCUCGGCCGCCCCCAGCUGCGGGGCCGCGUCGCAGGAGCCUCAGCCCGCCAGCAGUCCGGAAGGGCCCCCCGCUGCGGCGGCCGAGUAAAAGAAAGCGCCGGCCUGCCCGGCCCGGGCGGGGUCCCAGAUUCCAAGGACUUUAUUCUUCCCCCCUUUGUUUGUUGGAGUGGUGCCAGGUACUGGUUUUGGAGAACUUGUCUACAACCAGGGAUUGAUUUUUAAAGAUGUCUUUUUUUUUUUUUUUACUUUACUUUUUUUUUAAGCAGCCC